AUGGCGAACUCGGGCAUUCAGCCGAAGGCUGAAGACAUUGACCUUGUCUGUUCCUUUGCUGGUAUCGGUCGCGCUUCUGCCAUUGUCCUGCUGAAGAAAUGGCCAAACGCUGAGGAUGCAGUGGCUCACUAUUUUGACGACCCGAACGGGUCGGUACAAGAGGAUCUCGUCAGUCGACAAUGGCAACCCCAGGACAAUAUACCGUCUUUUCGCAUAGAUGCCGACGAUGUAGGCAUGUCGCGUCCCCCCUCGCCGAAGAACUUUGUAGAUCUGUCCGAUUCUCAUGCUCGAGCUAUGCGCAAUCCAACCGAAGACGACGAGUUGAGACAGGCUAUGGCUGCCUCGAUGAAAGACUUAUCGGCGCAAGAGAAUGGGACUACAACUGGUCAGCACUUUGGCCCCGCUCAACGUUCACAUUACCCUCCCGAGCAGUGGGCUUUAGCACCUAUGGCCUCAGCUCGAGAAGUCGUUGAUCAUCCACCACCUGCAGAAAGACAGAGGACACCUCCACAACCUGCCUUUUUGCGCGGCUCUCCACAGACUGGCUAUAUUGCACCUCUUCUUACCAUCUACCACAGCAUUUCUUUGGCACGCGAGGCUUUGUUACUGCCACCCUUACACGUUUUCGAGUAUGGCUGCAAUCCUGACUGGUGGUCCGGCACUUCGGACGAGAACUUCAAGUCCAUGUCCAUUCAGGAAUCAUCUGCAGAAGACGAGGACAGAAGGAAGUUCUCCGCAGAGAUACAAUGCCUGAUGGCCUUCCUUGAUGGGACUUCAAGGUCCUAUGGCUCCGUCGACGCAUUGUGUGAUAUGAACUACUACCGAUACUUCCAAGCUGAGUCUCCCUAUACAAAGCUAUGUGAGGCCUGGCGCCGAGCAGCUGUCGAUGAAGCGCCCAACGAGCCUCUCACGCAAAUCUUCACUUCAGUCGCGGCUAGAGGCCCUGACGUUCAGGGCGCACUACCUGAAGAGAAGGAUAUGUUCCAGAUCGAAGGUGCUCUGAGGGAAGCACGCUCCUUGACCGAAGUACUUGAUAAGAUCUUCUGGACUGACACCUGGCAACUGCCUAUGGAGGAUAUUUGGAUGGAGCGCUUCGGCCAUAUCGUGACCUUGCGCCUAUUCAACGACGAUCAGGGCGCAACAAAGCUAGGCAUAUCUCCUGUCGAAGAACUCUACCUAGAUCGCUACACACCAGAAUUACGCAGCGACCUCUUCCGGAUGCGAACCCAGCGAUAUACUCUUCUGCGUGACAUGGACAAGUUGAAAGUCAAUCAGCAGAAAAUCGUCCAAGUCCCUGGCUCAAGAGCAAAUCAGCCACAUAUUGACGUCCGAAAAGCUCUCGAGGCAGCAAGAGACUUGGUCCCAGUAGCCGCAGACGAUGCCAUGCGCAAAGACAGUCAGCUAGUCGAAGUGGAUGGCACGGCGGAUGUCACUGAGCUCGACUCACAAAUAAAUGGUCUUCUUGCAGGUAUUGAUAAGAAACUGAACAGUCUGGAGCAGAAGAAGAGUGAUCUCGAGGCUGAGAUAAGGCGCGUCAUGUCUGAUCUCACUGAUCCUCAGCAUUCCUCGCUGGAUUUAAAGCAUAAAUAUGUCCUUCAUGGUGCUUCCACCAAGCCAAACAUCACGUACUUUCGCAAGCCCAACCACGACCUUUUGGGAAUAGAGGGUGACCACAAUCCCAGCGACACAUGGCAGUGGUGGAGGACUGCUUGGGGUGAAAGUGCUCAUUCACGAGCGAAUGUCUCUAGAGAAGAUGCGGGAGAUGGACCUUUCUCGGUGACCAAGGUGACUAUUCAAGAAGUCCUGGAAUCUAUCAAGAAUGAGAACGACACAGCAGUUCUAGUAUAUGUUGACGAGACUGCAAUCAACCACAAACCGGUCUCCUUGCCAGAUUCACUGCGUCAAUUCGUCGAGCAAGAUAAUCGAGCCUUUGAAGAUGAACUGUCCCAGCAACAUGGGCAGUCGACAGGUCGUGAACGGAGCUGGAGCAACGAAACGAACUCAACGGUCAUGGAGGACAACAAUCCUUUUGAUGAUCCAAUCGCUUCGCUACGCGCACGAGAUGCAACUCCUAUGUCAACUAGUACAAUCCGAAGUUUGAGUGGCCAACCGUCACCCAAGCGUCCACGCAGUUCCAACGAUUCUAUGGAAAACAUUAACCUUAUGGACGAUGAGCCUCCAGCCUACGAAAGCGUGCCAGCAAUGGAAAUGUCCGAGAAAAAGAGUAACAAGAUAGGCUACUUCGCCGAGCAGAUGCUUCAGACCGCUGAGCAACACGAAGAAAAAGGUGGCUAG